UAGAGCCACACUUUAAAAAGCCAAAACAAUAAUAUUUUUUUUCGGCCAUCAGCCGUGUUCGUUCCCAAGAGCUGCCGCCUAGAGUUCCGCGCAGCCGCCGUCGACAGUUCCUAUCACACAGCCAUGGUUCUCACGGCGGAUUCCACCGUGAUCACUAUCACGGCCUCUACGCACUUUCCAAUUAAACUCACUUCCUCCAAUUUCCCAGUUUGGAAAACCCAGGUUUAUGCCGCUCUCAUUGGACUUGGCCUGGAAGAUUAUGUGGAUGGUACCCUUACCACCCCCCACCCUCAUCUUGAUAUUGAUAAAUCUACUCCGAAUCCGCUCUAUCAAACCUGGUACCGUCAGGAUAAAAGUAUUCUCAGUGCUCUGUUGGGCAGUUGCUCGGACACUAUUCAGCCUCUUCUUUCUUCGGCUAGUACGGCCAAGGAGGCGUGGGAUCGCCUCUCUCAAACGUAUGCUGGUUUAUCGCGUGGACGUAUCAUGUCGCUCAAGUCUACCUUUGCUAAAACAGUUAAAGGUACAAAAUCUAUCACGGAAUAUCUUGCGGAGAUGCAAGGACUUGCUGAAGCAUUGGCCCUGUCUCAAAACCCUAUGCCCGAAGAGGAUAUUGUCAUUGGCAUCCUCAAUGGCCUCCCCCCUGAUUAUUCCGAAAUUAUUGCUGCUGUUCGGGUCCGUGAUACAGCGAUGCCGUUAACAGCUCUUCAGGAUAUUUUGCUGGAGCAUGAAGCCAAGCAGGUCGCCAUUCAUUCGCAACCCUCGCAGCUGCUACCGACGGCCAACUAUACCGCCGGACAACGCGGUUUUUGUGAACAGUCUGCCCAGUGAGAUGGUGACAACAACAGCGACCGUCGCGGUGGAUUCUCUGGCCACCGUGGUCGUGGUCGCGGUUCGUACGGUUCUGGGGGUGGUCGCGGAACCUCCAGGCAGCUUCAGUGCCAUUUUUGUGAAAAUAUUGGACAUGAGGUCAAGCACUGCCGCAAGCUUCAGCGGUUCCUUCGGAACCAUAAUGUUCUCCCGCAGCCGGGUCCACAUGCCAAUUAUGUGUCUGCUCCUUCUCCCAUGCAAAAUCAGCCCUGGCUUUUUGAUAGCGGAGCAUCUCAUCAUGUUACGUCCGAUGUGUCUCAUUUACCCACUUACGCUGAGUACGGGGGUCCUGAAGAGGUUAAGUUAGGGGAUGGAUCGCAUCACGGGGGCGCCACUGCUGCGCGGGGUGAAUCAGCAUGAUGUUUACUAUGCCCCAGUGUUCACACCUGCUACUGUCAAUGCCACUCAAUCUACCUGGCACCAUACUUUGGGUCACCCUUCACGUCGUGUCAUGCAGUUUUUAUCUUCUGGUUCAAACAUAAAGUUUUAUCCCAUUCCUCAUUGUAUGUCCUGUUCAAUCAAUAAAAGUCAUAAACUCCCUUUCUUUAAUAAUACGAUGUCUG